CCACAGCCGAGCAGACCAAACACAGACGCCCCUAGGGCGGUGCCCAGCCCACGGCCAUAUGCUAAUAGGGGAAUGGAGGAACCGACGCCAGGAAAGUGGCGACUUUGGGGCCUGACCCUCAGCAGCUCGCGCAAGAGUCGGCCGCGCGAGAAUUGCAAAAUCAACUCCGGACAUUUGCCGUCACGCUGUGAGAUACUCGCGUUGCCUAGCUGGAUAGCAUAUGUGUAUUUCCAAUUUGUCGCACCCGUGGCCAGCAUCGCGACAAAGCUGUGCCAGGUCGUGCCGUGGCACGCUGCCCUCGCCAUGCCGCGGCUGCCUGUGCCGGGCCCGCUGAGCCCCAAUGCUGCCCCCUCCUUGGCCCACGAGCAUACAGACCUUUCCCCGAGCAUCUCAAGCGGCCACCAGGUCCAUCCUACAGCCGAGCAGACCAAACACAGACGCCCCUAGGGCGGUGCCCAGCCCACGGGUGCGAACCGAGCUCAAGGCUGGGCCCAGAGCUGGCAGGGGCUUGCUCAGGCGGACAGCACUCGGAAGCAUGAGAGGAAAGGAGUCUGAAGGUCAUCAUGACCGCAACGCAGGAGGGUCAUGGCAGUGCGGCCUUGUCCCCCGCUCAAAAUCCCACCCACGUCCCGCCAGCCGGCCAGUGCUCACGCACUGCACCUCACUGCGCGGCGCAUCAUGGGUCAUUGGCCGGGCGUGCAACGUGACACGGGUGUGGCUUCCGGCUUCCGGUGGUGCCUACAGGAGAUGCGCUGGCGUGGGGACGCGGGGCGGGCCGGUGUACACAAGGCGGGUGUGGCUGCAUGCGUGGGGGGCGUGAUGGCGUGUGCCUGCUGCGGCGGGGCGCGGGCCGCUCCCAUGCGCCGGUGCCCCUGCGCCGCGCCGGCCCGAGCCUCUGUGUCAAGCUCCAGCAGUGAGCAUGCCUUACCGUCACUCUGGCCGGCGGAACUCGACGUGCUCUGGCCACGCCGUGGCCGGGCGCCUGGCCACCCCACACGUUGAGGGGCGCACGGACGGCCCUAGCAGAGGGGUGGUAUGGGGUAUAGGAUUGGUCCCGCCGCCGGUCACCCCUCCGUGGAUUGGAUUGGCCAGAGUAGGAUUGGACCCGGCACUUAAGGAUUGGGUUUGACCGGCCAAGGAUUGGAACACCACUUUUGGGGAUUGGGUUUGGUCGGGUGGGGAUUGGUGUCGGCACUUGAGGAUUGGGAUAGGGCAGGUGAGGAUUGCUUUGCGCACUUAGGGAUUCAGAUAGGACAGGUGGGGAUUGGGCCUUGCAGACUGUCCCAGGCUGUCCUGACACCGCUGCAAUUCUGAUUCGGGUCGGUCCUUAGGGUUUUGGACAGGGGGACCUGGAGCGCAGCGCACACUCGGCGCCCCUGGUACCCGCCCCUCAGCCCUCGUGCCGCCCCCAAACCCCACCGGGGUCCUUCCGCGGCUUCCGAGUCAACACGGUUCGUGACGGGUUCAUAAUCGGCAUUAAUGCACCGGCUGAAUGCACCACUCCCCAGUCCUGACUAACCACACGAUAUCCUAACGUAAGCAAGCGAAGCCCGCGCAUUUGCCGGGGCUCUCGCACAAACAAUUUGGGCAAGUCCUUGGAAACGAGCCAAAUUGAAGUGGUUCAAAGCGGCAUUAAGCUGCAGUGCACGCCCAUGCUCGCUGGAGACCAAGGACAGGACUAUUUGUGCUCGCCCCAGAAAGUGAACCAUUGGCGCACUUCUCCAUUUUGGCCGGGGGUGGGGGACGUGAUGCCUAGAGGAACACAGCAGCUGCAAUGCAGAUCGCUGUAUCCAUAUCAAGGUCUGGAAAGGGAGAACAGGCAGGGGACAAAACUGCUUAGCUACACGCCGACACUGACGCAAACGCUUCAGACGCCGAUAAGAAUGUCAGAUAUUGUAUGUAUUGGUGUCGUUAGUAUUAGUGACAAUUGUUAGCUGUAAAGCGAAAGGAGCAGGAGAAGUUCAGACCCGCUUCUGACCAGCUGACUCGAACGCCGGGAAGACUGCGUCCGUGCGACCAGAACCCGGGCCGCGGGGACACUGCCGUGGGGGAGGGGGGGGGAGACUGGAGCGGAUCUGUCGCGGAGGUGGGUGCGGCGUGAAACUUAUCGUGUCAGGUCGGGUAUGCUGACUGGAGGUUUGGCAACGAGGGAGAACGACUUGGCGCCGUGGAGGAAGGAUUGGGUUUGGGACGGCAGGGAUUGGAACCUGGCUUUGAGGGAUUGGGUUUGGGACGGCAGGGAUUGGAACCAGGCUUCCAGGGAUUGGGAUAGGAACGGCGAGGAUUGGAACCCGGACCUCAGGGAUUGGGAUUGGAGGUCGCGGCACAUAGGAUAGCAAGUCGGUCUAUCCUGGGGUGACCAGAGGAUCGAUAGGAUCGGUACC